AUGAAUGGCCUUAACAUCAUUAUUCCUGACAUGUUAUAUGCGCUCGCCACUGAGCACUCCCCACGCGAAAAUACUCCUGCGCUUUCGGACGACACUGGCAGCUCCUCUUCACGCGAAAGCUCUCCACCGGCUACACCUGUCUCUGGACUCAGCCGUGCACCAUCUAUCUCUUUUGAUGACAAUUUUAAGCAUAUACCCACUGGCGAUGGCACCGACAUCAAGAUUGUUGAACCAGACGCGGACUCCUCGCCACCAGAAGAUAUCACGCGUCCGCUGAAACGGAGACGGUUGGCGGAAACAAGGGCUGCCGAAGUCCGCGCAGAGAGUGUGCUGCCGCCUGAUACCUCGAACGGCAUGACCAAGGCCGAUGACGGCGCAUUUUUCGGUCUUGAGCAUAUAUGCAUCAGCAACUGCACGAGUGUCGGGGACGUCAAGCCCAACUCGGAUGAGGGGCACCCGUCUCUUGCAUACGUCUCCCGUCCAUUGAAACGGAAACGAUGCGCGGACACGAGCCCUGAUGACGUUCGCGCAAAGAGAGUGCGCACAUUUAGCAUUUCGAGCGACGCAACCAAGGCUCAGGACCGCGCUUCUUUCGGUCUUGGGUAUAUACCCAUCCACGACUGCGCAAAUAUCAGGGUCGUCGAACCAGACGCUGCUCAUGCGGACUCUCCCGGUAUUGAUCUACACGCGCCACUUGAAGCCAUCGCUCGCCCGCCGAAGCGAAAACGGUGUGCAGACACGACGACCGAUGAGGUCCGUGUCAAGAGAAGGCGGUUGUCUGACAGUCCGAGCAACGCGUCAAAGCUCAAAUAUGGGGGUCCUUAUGGACCUCACCCUAGAUGCAUGAUCACUGGGUGCGUGUCCGCUGAGGUGGAGGCGUGUUAUAUCCUGCCUCCCGACACGCCUCAACCGUCGGACGACCUCCGCACGCCUAUUGAUUCUAGCUCCGCCUAUUGUAGCACGCCUGCAAACAUCAUAUUCCUUCGACACGACCUCCGUAUACUAUGGGAAACGAACCGCCUGCUGAUGAUACCCCAUCCCGACCAUCUAGACCACCGCGAUACCCGCCCUGUCUAUAAAUACUACGUCAUUGCAGAAGAUGAGCACCCUCCAGACUCGUGCACCCCCAAAGAUUAUACCCUCACACCUCCGGUCGCGACGGCUUGUAGCUCGUAUCGCUCGCUGGGGUGGCAUGAACUGGGUGCGAAUUUGCAUCUAAUGACAAUUCGAGUGGGCCGUGAAUUCAUGAAGCGACCGCUCCACUACGAGCAUCAUCUAUCUAAGGACGCUCUUGCUCAUAUACCCACUGUCACGCCCGUCUACGCAGAUGUGAUCGAGCCGGUCCUCUCCCAUAUCAAACGCGACUCGCCAGUCGAAGUCAUCCCCCGCCUGCCAAAGCGAAAAUCGUGCCCGGACACAGAGACUGGUGCAGUCCCUGCCAAGAGAAUGCGAAUGUCGGUCUCUACAAGUGAGACAUCCAAGGUUGAGGACGGUGUUCCUUUCGGACCUCACCCAAGGUGCAUGAUCACUGGCUGCGUGUCUGCUGAUGUGGAGGCGUGCUAUAUCCUGCCUCCCGACAUGCCUCAGCUAUUGAUUGACUACAUGAUGUUCAACAUGCGCACUAAAUACAACGCCCUCCGUUGUCACAUACCUGCGAAUAUUAUAUUCCUCCGACGCGACCUCCGAGAGCUUUGGGAGACAAAUCGCUUAUUGAUGAUACCACAUCCUGAUCAUUUGCAGAAACUCGAUCGUUGCGCUGCCUACAAAUAUUGCAUCAUCGCAGAGGAAGAGCACCCUCCAGACUCCCUACACACCACUACUACUGUCCCCAAGACUGUCGCCUUCAUCAAUUUGGCGUCCUCCCAGUCUCGGACAGACAGACCAUCUUCGUGGGAACUUUUCUAUGACAGCAAUGCUGAAUGGGGUGACACGCUCGAGACGCCCUCGCUCGACGAUCCCUGGUGCCUCGUGCCGUGCUCGAUCUUCCUAGUCGCUAUCCUCGCGCCGCGCAUCGAGCCCUCAUACGGCGGCGUCGGUGCUCUCGUUCUCGUCGAUCUCUUCGAACCCGACGGCACAUUUUUCUGUCCACAGUUGUCACGAGCACGUCUUGAGUAA